CGGCGGAGUGACUAGCAGGGGCUAGCGCAAGAGGCGGUCGCUCCACCUAGCUAAGCCUACUUGGGGUACCGGUUAGGCCUAGUGCCGUCUGCGAAGCUACGCGCGGCGCGCGUGGUGCUCGCCCGCGCGCCUCGUUGGAGCUGCUCCCCGAAUGCCUGAGCUGGGCUUCGGCUGACCGUGCCGUCGUCUAGGUCGACUCGAGGUCGGCGCGCGGCAUUCGGAGGGGUGAGGCGCCUCGUUCGAUGUUGACAACCCGGGGGUCAAUAAACACCGGGCUCUCUCCCCCGUUUUCUUUCUGUCCAUCGGACCCCCUCGCCCUUCGACUGCUGCGCUGUUUCGCGCGAACACUCGCUGGGUGACUGCCGUUCGUCGACUUCACCACGGUUCUGACACUGGACGUGUUCCUCGGCAGGCCUCCGUCGCCUGCUAAUGGGGACGGGCGAAGCAGACUCCACAGUCACGCUGCAGCAGGAGGAGACUGACAACGUGGACUCCUCUCGCUGGGCGUCGGGCGCGGGCCACUUGGCCUUUGCGAUGUAUGCCAAGGAGGAUGAGGGCCCAUCUGGAGCCGGAGGAGUGGAGGACUGCGACGAGGACGGGCGGCGGCAGGACCUGGCGGAGGACCUGGGCCCUGUGGCCAAGCUGGAGCGCUACGCCUGCAGCGACAUUGUCUUCCACCGGCAAGUGGGGGCCCGAAACAUUGUGGACACUCUGAGGCUGGUGCUGGAUUCUCAGGAGAGCGUUGCUGCGGUGCUGGCUGUCAUGAACAUGCUGGCGAUGGACUGCGAUCAGACCGUGAGGGCAGAGCUUGUCGACCAGCUCCCCAGCAUUGCGAGCUUCUGCGCGGCCGAAGGCGGUCUCUUGGAGGGGGUGGUCCGGGACCAUGUGGUGCCCACCAUUGUGCAGUACCUGACGGAUGUAGCCAACCAGGUUAGGAAGAGGACUCAGAUAUCGCUGCUUUUUAUACUGGAGCGGGCUCUUAUUGAGCGAAAACAGUUGGAGGAGCAGAUAUGCAGGCCCGUGGUUCACCUGACGCAACCGGACAUGGACGACUACAAGACGGAGGCAGUAACGCUGAUGACGAAGAUGGCUCCUUACCUAGGAAAGGACACCACUGUUGAUCUGUUCCUACCAGCUUUUGUUAGCUUGUGCCAGGAUGCUUCAUUUCACGUCCGAAAGGUCUGUGCAGCCAACUUCGGCGACUUCUGCAGCAUUGUUGGUCAGGAGUGCACUGAAGACAAUCUGGUGGUGUUCCAUUACCUGUGCGAGGACAGCGCGUGGGCUGUGCGGAAGGCCUGUGCCGAGGUUUUCAUGCCGGUGUCUUGCGUCUGCUCGCUGACGACGCGGAGGAACAGCUUGGCCCCCCUCUUCAUGACCCUGCUGGACGACCAGUCUCGCUGGGUGCGCCUGGCAGCCUUCCAGGCCCUGGGUCCCUUCAUCUCGACGUUUGCGGACCCGUCCCGGACGGGGCUGUACUGCAGCGAGGACGGCGUGGUGAGCGUGCGCCAGGCGGGCAGCUGCAGCGGUUGCAUGGAAGGUGGCCCGGCCAACUGCCCAGAGGGGGAGGAGGUCCAGGCACAGGAGGUGAUCUUAGAAGAGAGCCCCCUGAAGGCGGCGGAGCUUGUGCCUUGCGAGGAGGACAAGGGGGAGCCCUGCAGUACUGUUUGUCACCCUUCACCACCUGCUGAGUGCCAGGAGGACAAGGCUCCUGUUGAGGAGCUGGACGCUGCCUCGCAGAGUCCCAAUGCGCUGUCCGACGGCGGCUUUGAGAACGUGCUCGCUAUUGCAGUGGAGCCCCGAGUGGAGGAAAAUGGGACGGAUCAUACUGAGGAAGUUGGCGGCAACGAGGAAGAGUGCCAGGAGGCAGUUGGGCAAGCGGGAAGCGAGGGGGACGAGGUGUUGAGUCCCUUUCUCACGGCGGACGCACCCCUGGGAAAAGACGAGCCGACGGUGCCGGCGGACCACGUGUCGGUGCAGGGCCACCGGCAACACCUGGUGGUUCAUGUGGACGGCACCACUGGGGGCGAGAAUCGCUUCAAUACGUUCCAGUUCUGGCGGACCCCCAUUCCAGAGGUGGAGGUUGACAUAGAGUUCCUGGGAGACAGGGCUACUGCAGUUCACGUGCGUGCCAAGUCUCAGGACCAGGCCAAUCGCUGCUUCUCUUCCGACUUGAGUGUGGAAAUGCUGGGUCCUCCGGGCUUGCCUUGUGGGGUUUCCUCAAGGAGCACAGGGGAGUCGCUACGCAUCCGGACGGCGUCUCUGUCCUCUCUGACGACGGCCGACCAGGAGUGCAACCUGCUGCUGUCCUCCUCGGUCACCGAGGCCUCGGUGGCCUUCAACGAGGCCGGGGAAGUGGCCGGUGUCCGCAAGGUCCGGGUGAACGAGCUGAAGGAAGCCAGCACGGCGCUGCUCUCCAAGUCGACGAACAGCAGUUUGGACAGCUGGUCUGCCAAUGAUCAGGACAUAGUGCCGGUGGAGCUGCUCGAGAGGUACCGCACCAUGACGGACCCCGUGAUGGUGGAGAACCUGGACUCGGAGCUGGGCCGUCACUGCGCCCACAGCCUCCCGGCGGUGGCACUCACGCUGGGCCGCCACUUUUGGCCCUGCCUGCGCCACACCUACAACUGCCUGGCCCUGGAUGUGCAGUGGAAGGUGCGGGUCAUAGUGGCGUCGUGCCUGCACGAGCUGGCACGGAUCCUGGGGCCGCAGAUAGCGUCGCAGGACCUGGUGCCGUGCUUCGAGGGCUUCGUGCGCGACGUAGACGAGGUGCGGGGCGGCCUCCUCGAGCGCCUGGGGGCUUUCCUGCGGGGGCUGCGGCGGGCCGACCAGCGCCGCUCGCUCCCACUGCUUGGCGAGUUCCUCAGCACGGACAACCACCGCAACUGGCGCUUCCGCUUUGCCCUCGCCAGGCAGAUAAAGGACAUCGCGGAGCUGUACAACGCCACGGACAUCAACCAGUACCUCGUGCCCAUAGUGCUCCAGUUGCUGGAGGAUAAGGUGGCCGAAGUACGCCGCAUGAGCGUCAAGGCAGUGGUGGUGUUGCUGCAGCGGCUCGAGUCCCACUACCAGCUGUACAAGCUCUUGAUCCAGGAGCUGGCCGUGAAGGCACACAUGACCAAGUGGUCCCAGCGGCAGCUCUACUGCGAGCUGGCCGAGGAGAUGGUGCACGAGGAGUGCCUGUCGCCCAAGUUGUUUGCGGCCCUGGUGCUCCCCCACCUGCUGGGUCUCCACGACGACCGGGUACCCAACGUGCGCAUGGCCCUGGCCCGCUGCCUCACCCGGGGUGUGCUGCACAGGGCCUUCUUCCUGACUGAGAACAAUCCAUACAAGGGGAAGCUCGAGGAGGUGUUGCUGAGCCUGCAGAGGGACGGGGACCGGGACGUGCGGCACUGUGCCCAGCUCUCCGGCCAGGCCCCCAAUUGAGCACUUGAGCCGUCUACUGGAGAAACUGUGAUACCACGAUGGGACAGCAAGUUUGGUUGGGUGCCCCCGAGACCCCUUCUGAAGGAGACCAGUGCCAACGUCUAGUUCUCGAUUGAUGCCAGCCCAGCUCGCUUGCGUCCGUUUGUGCAAUUCUCGGCGCACAAACAAAUGGAUUCAGGUGCGCGGUGGGUUUGCCCGCCACGUCAAAAGCCAGCUAGUCCCAACAAGUCUGAUGAUCAUGGACGUCUCGUCGGCCUUCUCUGCUGCCCCAGUGUUCUACUAGGGGCAAACAAAAGGGGGAUUGUAUACACGAGAAGGAAUAUAUGUUCUAAUGGAAUGUUCUUACAAUGACAGUUGGGGACGAGGGAAAAGGUUUGUGCCUUCUGUUAGGAGGUACUGUUCUGUGAUACUGGGAUUCACAGGUUGCAUUGUUGAAAACUUGAAUGCAUUGCUAGCCACGUGAUAAUUAGAGGAAAUCUAUUUUUGUAUAAAUUUUUCUCGACCUUUGUUUACUGCAAAUAAAAUGUUUGAUCAUA